AUGUCGAAGCUCCCACAACAAAUGAAGGAAAUUCAUGGAAUGCAGAUGAAUUCUCAAGUAGCAAGCUGUGAACUUUGCAAAGGUGACCACCCUACCGGCUUUUGUCCACCACCCGAAGGAGAGGAAGUUAAUAAUGUGAACAACCAACAUCAAGGCUAUCAAAGGCAACCUCCAUACCACAACAACUCUUAUCAAAGGAACAGCCAAGGAUUUCAACCAUCAAGAUUCAACAACCAACACAAUCAACAGCAAAGUCCCUAUCAAAGUCCAAUUCCACAAGGUCAAAGUCAACAACCUCAAGGCGGAAGCUCAAAAUUGGAAGAUACUCUCAACCAAUUCAUGCAAGUUUCUAUGGAGAAUCAAAAGACUAAUGUGGCUGCCAUAAAGAAUUUAGAGAAUCAAGUGGGGAAGCUUGCAAAACAAUUGGCCGAACAACAAACGGGAUCUUCUUUUUCCGCAAACACUCAACCUAAUCCAAAAGAGUAUUGCAAAGCAAUUGUCACAAGGAGCGGAAGAGAGGUGAACAAUGAAGCUAAUGAGGAAGUAAUAGUGGAGGAUGAUGGAUUUGUUGUUGUUGAAGAUGAGGAGGAUGGGAUAGUGGUGGAAAAAGAAAAAGAAAAAGAAGAGGAGGAACAACUUCAAAUAAAUAUUCCAUUUGUCGAAGCAUUAGAACACAUGCCAAAAUAUGCAAAAUUCUUGAAGGACAUCCUCACCAAAAAGAAGCGAUAUCCGGAUAACGAAACCAUCAUGCUUGAUGUUCAAUGUAGUGCUAUCAUUCAAAGAACCCUUCCAAGAAAAGAAACCGAUCCGGGACGAGUCAUCCUACCGGUCACCAUUGGAGGUACUUAUAUUGGCAAUGGUCUAAUUGAUUUGGGUUCUAGCAUUAAUCUCAUUCCUUUGUCUAUCAUAAAGAGAUUGGGGAAUAUUGAGAUGAAGUCUACCCGGAUGACACUACAACUAGCCGAUAAGUCUACAACCUCACCCUAUGGAGUUGCUCAAGACAUAUUGGUAAAAGUUGACAAAUUCUUGUUUCCGGUAGAUUUUGUGGUGGUGGAUAUGGAAGAAGAUAGAGAUGUUCCGUUGAUUCUUGAAAGGCCAUUUAUGAAAACAGCCCGGAUGAUGAUAGACAUUGAUGAUGGACUCAUGAAAGUGAGAGUGCAAGAUGAGGAGGUCACUUUUAAUCUCUUCGAAGCGAUGAAGCACCCCAAAGAAAAACACGAUGUUUUCCGUAUGGAUGUCAUUGAAGAGGAAGUCGUGGGAGUUGCCAAUCAUGUUCAUAUCUCUAGUCCAUUAGAGAAAUGUCUCAUAGGUGAUUACCACAAUUCUUUCAAAGAUGAAGAAGAGGAAAUUGAGGCUAUUUUGGGAAGAUUGGAGUCUUGUGGAGAAAUUGAUCAAAAGGAGGAAAAGAUAGAGGAAUUAGAUGCGGAAAAGAAAGUGGAAGAAACCAAAGUUGAAUUAAAGUUGCUGCCCACUCAUUUGAAGUAUGUGUUCCUUGGCGAAAAUUUCACCAAACCGGUGAUAAUUAGUAGUGCUCUAUCACCAAAGGAGGAAAAUAGGUUAAUUGAGGUGUUGAAGAGAAAUGAGGGAGCUUUAGGUUGGGUGCUGUCCGACUUGAAGGGGAUUAGCCCAGCUUAUUGUAUGCAUAACAUCAUGAUGGAAGACGAUUUCAAGCCCGUAGCAUAA